AUGUGGACUAGCCCUGUUUACAUGAACGAUUAUGCUCGUUGGAGUGGUGAUAUCGAAGGUCUGGUCCAGGCACAAGACGGAUGGCAUGCCAAGUGCCAUGCAUUUGAUCGCUUUUGGCUUUCUCCAGCCUGCAGGCACAAUGUCUCCGAGUGCAUUCCCAUGCUUUCCCACGAGUAUGGUUGGUUAGUGGAUGCAUUUAUGGCAUGGUCUACAGCCUAUGGGAUGCCUGCGGCAGUGGGCAUCAUGGAUGGCAAGUACGAGAGCACCAGUGAGUCGGCUGAGUAUUUUUACAGCCUAGCACGAAGCCUCAACGUCUUGUCAUUCUGGUUUCGACCAGAUACUUCCCAGGUUGCUUUCGAUCCUCUGCCAAUAAUUUUCCCUGUUCACGUUGCCACCGAGUGGGCCGUAGGCAACAAGCGUACUGCUGCAACUGGCUCGUACAUUGGCAAGUUGGCGAGCCGGCGCUUGCGUGAACAAGCCUACAACGUCUUAAGUUUUCUGGAGAACCUGAAGCUGGAGUUGACCGAAAUGCAGCAAUACUUGGGAAUGAAGGAUGCCACGAAAAGUUGGGAAGACGUGGCUUGCCAGUGGAUUACUUCCAACCGCCAACGGUGGGAAAGAUGGGUGCCAAAGGACACCACAUGCAUUCCUGGCUUCGGGCUGAUCGAUGCGGCUGGGAACGCCGUGACCACCAGGGAGGCAGCCAAAGGCUGUGGCUUGUGCACACCUGGCACGUCAUCAAAGGCCAUCUUGGAUGAGACUGGAAGGACCUACACAUGUGAUUUGUGCAGUCCUGGAACCUACCAAGAGGUCUCUGGCGAAACCUUGUGCAUCACUUGUCCAGCAGGCAGAGUUGCAGCAGAAGCAGGAGUUUCGCAGUGUGAGGCUUGCACGCCCGGCAGCUAUGCCAACUCUUCCGGCCUCGAAAGUUGUCAGCCGUGUGGGAAUGGAGAUGACCAGUCGACUUGGACCACCAGCCGGCUCACGGAGAUUCGCGGCAGCCAGCAAUGGAUCCAGGUGGAGGCUGCAGCCUCUGCAGACUUGUGCCACUGCAUUCCUGGUUGGUUCCUUCGAAAUGGCAGGUGCCAUGAGUGUACUGAAGGAGCAUCAUGUCCAGGAUCCAGCCAAGUGGAGGUUUUACCUGGCUAUUUCAGUUCUUCCAUUGAUCCUGGGUCCAUUUACAGAUGCUACCGAAGCCCCUUGGCAUGUCCUGGUGGAGAUCCUGGCACUUGUGCAGAGGGUCGCGACAACCGCACUGUGGCUUGUAGUGCAUGCAUGGUUGGCUUGCAUCCCACCGCGGAAGGUUGUGCGCCAUGCCAGGGACAGGACUACUUUAUGCUGAUUGUGGUUUGCAUCCUGGUCCUUUUGGCAACAGGUGGAGCACAUGCUUUUCUGCUCUUCACAACUGCUCAGAAGGUGCAAGUGGGACUUGUUAAGGUCGGCAUUUACAUUGGUCAGCUGGCGGUGUGUGUGCAAGUCGUCGUUGUGAUGCACAGGAUGGAUAUGGAGUGGCAAGAACCAUUCGUUUCGAUCUUGCGAGCAUUGAGCUUCAUUUCAGUCGACGAACUGAUGCAGUCGCUCAACGCAGUAAGUUGUGUGACUCGCUUUUCUCCAACAGUGCAAUUCUUAUUUCAGACCGUGGCAGUUCCUCUAGCGUUCAUGACUGGACCAGCCGUUGUCCAUUUGCAAUAUGUUUGCAUAUGCAAGAUGGGAAACCGAAGGGGCAAGCGAACCAAAGCAAAGAAGGAAGGAGCAAGGCUGCACAUAUUGGCGGAGACCUUUGGCAUGCUGUGCAUGUUAUUCUUCAUUGUCCUCUGCACUGCAGUGUUGGAGCCAUUUGACUGUGUAACACAUCCAAACCUCGCUUCAACUAUGACAACGGCCAGUGAUGUGCUGUGCAAUUUCAGAGACGACCAUUGGGGCCUGUCAUUGGCAGCCAGUUUCUUGACCCUUCUACCGGUCAGUUUCGUCGCACUUUGUGCAUGGAUUCUGCUCAUGGAGCUUCCCAAGCGUAUUCAUCGAAUGGAUGUGAAGUUUAUCCGCUCCUGUUCAUUCCUGCUUUCGCGUUUUCGUCCCGGGCACCAUGCAUUUGCAAUUUUUCUUCUGGUCAGGAAUGCUGUCGUGGCGAUGUCGCCCAUUCUACCUUCGGUUGCUGCAGGCUGUCUUGCAAUAUUUACGAUGCUUUGCUUGAACUUGUGCUUGUCGGCCGUUUUCCAGCCAUGGCUGUUUCCACUUUGCACUUAUAUGGACAUGCUUGCCAAUGUUUGCUUUUUGCUCAUCCUCUUGCAUGGCGCUUUCUAUGUUGAAGAUGAGAUAGGCGCUUCGGGCAUGAUUGCUUGUUCCGUUGUUUUUGGUGCAACGUUGGCGCUUUUCUUUGGCUUAGCCGCCUAUUCUUUGGUAGAAUAUUGGCUUCGCAAGCAGCGCAAGACUUACCAGUUUUUCUUGACUCAUCACAAAUCCACCGCUGGCAGUGUUGCUCGGCUGGUGAAGUUGGAACUCCAGCAGCAUGGUUGCUCUGUAUUCCUGGACAGUGAUGACUUGUCAUCUCUGGUGCAUCUUUUCGGCGUGAUCAGCCAAAGCAUCGAGAACUUGAUCGUCAUAGGCUCAGCCGACAUUUGGACUCGCAAAUGGUGCGUAGGUGAAGUGGUCACUGCCAAAUUGCAUGAUGUGACCAUGGUGGUGCUUGCUUUACCCGGAUUUCAUUUCCCGGAUGCCGCUUUCAUUGCAGCGCUCGAUACGGUUCUUGGGGACCUGAACGAGUUGGUCACCUAUGGACUUUCCAAAUCCGACAUCAAAGACACCUUGACGAGGUUAAGAGAUCAGAAAACCAUCGCUCUGCCAGAGCGCUUUCAGGUCUCUGACCUUGCAUGCCUUGCUGAGAUGAUGCAGCAGGUGAACCCUGCAAGAACAGGGAAAGACGCAGUGAACUUGAUUCACUCAUUCGCAGAUGGUCUUGGUGCUGUCACCUCUUGCUUGGUCUUGGCUAACCAUGAUGAUAUGGAGGCCUUAGCAACCGCACAUGUGUUGAGGAUCUGGAUGUUCCCACACCUGUUGCAGAGACGCAUCAAUGGACCUUUUGUCAUCUCUUCAGACGACAGGAUUAUGGAGCUUGGGAUAGAACAUGCAAAAUUGGUGAUCGUCGUCUGCACCAAGGACUGCUUGGAAGCCCCAGGCAUGGUCCAAUGGAUGAUUCAAUGUUACCAUUUCGCAUCACAUUGUCGCAUGCUCCCAAUCAUUGCAGAUGAAGAUUUUCGCGUUCCGGGCACGGUCGCCGAUUUCCGUGCGCUGGCUCGAAGUCCAAACGUGUUGACCCAAGACGAAAGCCUGCCCGCUUACCUUGCUGUGGUAAGAGUCCUUUUCACUCAAAUUGCUUUCCGAUUCUCAGCUCGUUAUUCAAAUGAAGCGACUUUGAAAUCCAAAGCAGGUCGAUUCGCUGAGAGGCUGUUGGAUUUGGAGAACCUUGCAACGCUUUUACACGUGGCGCCGCUCUUUGACCUCUCAGAAGUCACGACCUGUGUGCAUGAAUGCACCAAUGAAGCCGAACGGAACGAAGUUGAACAGAGAGAUGCGGAUCGAUUUGAUGAAGACAAUGAAGGCAUGCAAGAGGUGGUCUUUUGA